GAAAUAUUAAACGAGCAUAUGGCGCUGCAGUCUACAUCCGUUUCUUCUUUCAUUUUUCAUGUCUUCUUUCUUCGAUUGUCGUGAGUAGUUGACGCCGAUUAAUACGAGAAAAUGGCAAAGUCUAAAAAUCACACUAAUCAUAAUCAGAAUCGCAAAGCUCAUCGUAAUGGUAUCAAGAAACCUAAACGUUACAGACAUGAAUCCACACUAGGCAUGGACUUGAAAUUUCUAAGGAAUCAACGUUUUGCAAAGAAACAUAAUUUGAAACCGAAAGAGCAAAUGAAAAGAGCAGAGAAACGUAAGGCCUUGCGAGAGGCCAAACGUGAGGGUACAAAAUAAAUCUUUUUGUAUGUAAACAAAUUUGUUAUAAUAAAAGUUAAAAAACAA